AUGGCCUCGUUGGAAGCGACGCCUUCGCGUGUGGCGCCGCGCGGGCCUGAUCCUGCACGCGGCGUUUAUUACAAGCUUGCGCUGUUUAGUGUAGCACUGUUUGUGGCACCAAUAUCAGCCUAUUUCCUCGCCAAGGACCGCUGGCUCAGCGGCAACGCUGUCUACGCUGGCGGCCUGGCUGCGAUAGUGGCGAACGUCGUGCUCGGAGGCUACAUUUUGAUGGCGUGCCUCGAGGACGAUGGGACACAGACGAAGCAAAAGACGAGCUAG